AUGUGGGAGAGAGGAGGUGGUGGUGGUGGUGGUGGUGGUGGUGGUGGUGGUGGUGGUGGUGGUGGUGGUGGUGGUGGUGGUGGUGGUGGUGGUGGUGGUGGUGGUGGUGGUGGUGGUGGUGGUGGUGGUGGUGGUGGUGGUGGUGGUGGUGGUGGUGAGGGUCACCCAAAACGUUACCCUCCCCCAGUGCCGUCUCCCCUCUCACCCAUUCCCUCUCCCCCUUAUUCCCGUCCCGCCCCCCGCCCCAUCCCCUUCCCCUUGUCCCGUUCCCGUUCCCCUCCCUUGCCUGUCCCAUCCUCUCUACUGUCCCACAUUCCUUCCCCCCCCUGCAUGACCACAACGGAGCGCAUGCUGCAUAUCUGUGAAGAGAGAGUUCCGCAAGGGCCAGGGCAAGCAGCAUUGGACAUCAGCCAAGUCACCAUCAGCCCAUUCAUCACUGCACCUACACUUGUGCACGUGUACCUCUAA